AGUGACUCCUACUUCCUUGUUUGCUCUGACGUUGUACCAGUGAGUGUUAUCCCUGUGUCAGCCUAGAUAUGUCCAGAUACUGUGAAUGAUUGGCUGGACACAGCAGAUUACUGGUCCCACCCCUCCCAGUAUAAAGUCUGUGUUGGCACUAUGUUGGCACAGUGGGUGUAACUUUAUCUCCAUGUUCUUUGUUGGUCUUCUCCUAUGACAGAACAUAGACAAUGGCUGUUAAUGAAGAUUACCACGCACUGGUCCAAGGCAUCGGUAGUGUGAAUUUCUCUGGUAACAGUAUACCAUGCAAACUUCUCCUGACUGGUGACAGUGCUUUUCCCGUUUUGGCAAGUCCUGGAAAACAUGUUCUCAUUGCUGCUUCCAAGUAUGGGAAAGGCCGAGUCGUGGUCUUGGGCCACGAGGCAUUCUUGAAUCUGCCACAAAUUAUGGAUUUCUUAAAAAAGGCAAUAUCUUGGCUGAAACCUUCCCCAGAAGCCAUAAUAGGUGUAGAAAACAACCUGGGUCAUUUGGAACAGACUCUUAUUGCCUCUGGACACAAGGUUGAAAAGGUCUCUGGUGUGAAGAAGGAUCUAGGCGUUCUGUGUAUGAGUGGAUAUAAUGACAGUCAGGCUAAAGAAGUAGUCUCCUUUGUAAAAGAAGGAGGAGGUCUUCUCAUUGGAGCUCAAGCCUGGCACUGGGCACAGUCCAACAAGCAAGACAAUGUUUUGUGUCAUUUUCCUGGGAACAAAAUAACGUCUGUCUCUGGGAUAUAUUUUACUGGUCAGGUUGGAGAAAUAGGGAAUUUUAAUGUGAGUGAAAAAAUACCCUGGUGCCCCUUUGAUAAAGAUGUGAACUUUUCAGCAGAUUUAAAGCAUCUGAUGCAAGGUGUUAGCAAUGUGGAUAUUAGCGGAGGCAGUGUCCCCUCAGAACUGCUUCUUCAUGGGCCUCUGACCUUUCCAAUUGGUCUAACCAAGAGUAACCAGUGCUUUUUUGCCGCAGCAUAUUACGGCAGAGGUCGUGUGGUUGUGGGGACACAUGAAGGCUAUCUAUGCAAACCACAGCUUAAACCCUUCUGGCUCAAUGCCGUCUCUUGGCUGGAUAUGGGAAGACAAGGAAAGAUUGGUGUUGUCAGUCAACUGAAGAGUUUUGCCAACAUCCUACAGACUGAAGGCUUUCAGUGUGCGGUGUCGAACUUAGUUCCGGAUCUCAGUGUGUACUGCUGUACAUCAUACAGUGACGCCGAGGCCGAAAAAAUCCAACAGUUUGUGGCAGAGGGUGGAGGCCUGCUUAUUGUUGGACAUGCCUGGUACUGGUCUUACUCUCAUCCAAAUGUGCUUUCCCAAUAUCCAGGAAACAAAGUCCUCAAUAAGCUUGGAAUCAGCAUUUUGGGCGCAACAGUUCCUCAGGGCAUUUAUCCAGUUUUGGAUCCUCAAGCAGAAGCUACUACCUACCAUUUUCCAAGAGCAAUCUGUCAACUUUUAUGUGACUUAAAGAGUGGGGUUGAGCUGAAACCACCACUGAGCAACUGGCUGUCUAAACUCCGGCAAGAUGUUUCUACUUUCAUGAGAUUGCCAGCCAGCCCUCUUAUUUUAUCUCUACAGGAAGAACUUGUACACCUAGUCCAUAAUUGUAGUGUCCCCUCUGUCAGCAAACAGCAUCCAGCAAAAAGCUGUUCCAAGGAGGCCUUCAUGAUGUGUCUGGCCCAAGAAGUUACCUGUCUAGAUAAACUAGAAUGUGACUGCGGUCCGUGCAAACCCCCGGUCACAGUGCAGAUUGAUGCCACGAACCCCGGUCCUGAUGCCUGGAGAAGUCUUGGACUCUAUUUACCUCCUCGGAAAACUGCAACACUUGUGUUUCCAGCCUCAGCUGUGGGUAAAGGUCUCCAGGUACAGAUCGGCUGUCACUCAGAUAAUCUUAGCGGUGCAAAUGAGUACUGUCGUGCGCCAGUGGUGGUGCACAGGAAGGGUGUGGUUAAUGAGAAGGUUUCAAUAUCUUGUGCCUGGGGUGGACUUCUAUAUGUUAUUGUCAAAGGCAAGAGUCAACUGGGUAAUGUUCGGAUUUCAGUACAAGGAGUGGAACUAGCGCCUAUGUUUAUAAAGGGAAAGAUAAGUCGCUCAUCUUGGGUGGACAAAAAUCGUCAUCAUCCAGCUCCUUGGGCUGAACUCAUCACAGAAAACAUUAUCCUUACUGUCCCCUCCGAUGUGAUCCGCUCACUGGAUGAUCCAGAUGCUUUAAUGUCUCAGUGGGAUAAGAUCAUGGAAGCAAUAGCUGAUCUUGCAUCAACUCCAAAGAAGUUUCUACGCCCAGAAAGAUUUGUAACCGAUGUCCAAAUAUCAGCAGGUUGGAUGCAUGCUGGAUACCCAAUAAUGUGUCAUUUGCCAUCAGCAACUGCAUUAGUAAGCCUUGAGAAUAUAAAGAAAGGUCUGUGGGGGCCUGUACAUGAACUUGGCCACAACCAGCAGAGAGGAGCUUGGGAAUUCCCUCCUCACACCACAGAAGCCACCUGUAACCUGUGGUCAGUAUAUGUGCAUGAAACAGUGCUAGGAAUCCCAAGGGAUAAAGCUCAUCCAAAUCUAAAGCCAGAAGCAAGAGAAAACAGAGUCAAGCAGUAUGUCAAAAAUGGAGCCAAUCUAGCACAAUGGAGUGUAUGGAUAGCACUUGAGACUUAUCUUCAGCUACAAGAGGGCUUUGGUUGGGACCCAUUUAAACAAGUUUUUGCAGAGUACCAAACAUUGACAAAUGUCAGCAAAAACAAGAAUGUUAAGAUGAAUCUUUGGGCGGAGAAGUUUUCUCAUGCAGUCAAUAAAAACCUGGUACCAUUCUUCAAGGCCUGGGGAUGGCCUAUUGAUGAUGCCACUAACAAUAAACUGUCCACGUUGCCAGAAUGGGACAAAGAUCCUAUGAAAUCUUAUGUCAGUUCAAAGUAAAAUUGAAAAAUGAGAACAUCUGAAAUUGAAUGUAUACUGCCAUUUUUUUACAUAUUAGUUCAGGAACCUGGAAUGUGCAAUAUACUAUAUAACUAUUGUGUCAUACACCAUGCUCCUUUAGCAGUGUGGAUACUUCAUAGUAUGGGUAUAAAUCAGAUUUUUUGUUGUGAUUAAUUGCAAUCUGCUAUGGGUCUCCUUGGAUAUCAGCACUGUAGAAACUACUAGUAUAGUGCACUGUAGUUCAUGGUCACAAUAGGGCCACAUCUACUGUUUUAUACUUGUACAAUGUAUGACAUUCCAAGUUGAAAUAAAAAAAAAAUUGCAUUACCGAGGGCUUGGUGAUAUGGUCAAAAAGUGUA